CUUAUUAUUCAGGCAGCCAACCCUAACGGAGGAGCUGCGAGGCUUUCCGCUAAACUCAGUGUUUAUAUAGAUUAGCCUGCUGGAUUUUAGAGCAGAUAUUAGUGUUGAUGGUUUAAUAUGUAAGUAAAGAGAUGGAGGAUAGCGCGGUUAGAGGCAGCGGGGGGUUAAAGACUAGGCUGGGCUGAAAUUUACCCGAGCAUUUACCUGCUAGAACGCUGGCUAACCGGCUAGCUAGGCUAGGCUAAGCUAAAUUAUUACUGUGUGCUAACGGGGCUCAGCGAGCUGCUAAUGCUAACUAGCUGUAUUUAACGCUUUUAAAAACAACACAUUCAGGAGCGGCGAGACCCACAGAGAAGAGCUUCAACAUGCUGACAGGAGAGCGGUCAGGAGGUAACAAGUCGAACACGAGCCCUGCAGAGAACUACUACCUGGCUCGGAGGCGCACUCUUCAGGUGGUGGUCAGCUCUCUGUUGACAGAAUGUGGCUUCGAGAGUGCAGAGAAAGCUGCGGUGGAAACUUUAACAGAAAUGAUGCAGAGCUAUAUAACUGAAGUAGGCCGCUGUGCAAAGGCGAGCUGUGAGCAUACAGCGAGAAGCACUCCCACACUGUCAGACGUGGUCAUCACACUGGUGGAAAUGGGAUUCAAUGUAGACACACUUCCAGUGUAUGCCAAAAGAUCCCAGAGGAUGGUCAUAACUGCACCUCCAGUAACCAAUGCCCCAGUCAUCCCCAAGUCUCUGGUGGCUGGACAGAAGCGCACUCAUCCAGCGUACAUCCCCAGCCACUUCCCAGAGUUCCCAGACCCUCAUACAUACAUCAAAACCCCAACGUUCCGUGAGCCAGUGUCUGAGUACCAGGUGGUGCGGGAGAAGGCAGCCUCUCAGAGGAGAGACGUUGAGAGAGCUCUGACGCGCUUCAUGGCCAAAACUGGGGAAACACAAAGCCUUUUUAAGGAUGACCUCACUGCCUUCCCACUGAUCGCAGCACGGCCGAGCUCUAUCCCGUACCUGAGCGCCCUCUUACCGUCUGAGCUGGAGCUGCAGGCACUAGAGGAGACGGACUCGUCUGAGCAGGACGACCAGACAGACACCGAGAACAACCAUAACAACAACAUUCAUGACGAUACAGGAGCAGACAAGGAGAACGCAGUGCUGCCACCUGGUGGUGUGGUGCCCACAGUGAAGAAUAAUGAAGAAAAUAUGAUCGACAACCCCUACCUGCGGCCAGUGAAGAAGCCGAAAGUGAGGCGGAAAAAAUGAACACCACAUAACGAUACUGUGGUGCUCACGGGUCACACUGUGCCUCUGGAUAUUGGAUAGAAUGGGAAGUGUUGCAGUUGAGUGAUGAUCUGAUUUAAAUGUUUAGUUUAGGCCUGUGGAAAUGAUCUUAAAAUGAUUGAAUAUGUGAUAAUUAUUAUUAUAAUAGUUGGUUUGGUUUUUUUUUUUUUGUCAAGACACUCAUCAGAAUGAAUGAAUGAGAGAAAUAAAUGUUUUUUUUUUCA